CGACUUUUUGACUUUGUGACUCCACCUCACACCACUCACACCACCCACACCACCCACACACUCACACACUCACCAUCACGCACACCAGCACACCCGCAGCACCGCCACUCAACACGUUUUCCCUCUGCUCUGGCUCGUCUUUGCGCGCAUACAGCAGGCUGGUCUGUGUGCGCCCCCGCCGCUUCGCUUCAUCGCUCCUCUUUGGCGCCAGCAGCAGCAGCAGAACCAUGUCCCACUCGGCUGCUGUCCCAGCUGUCCAGCAGCAGCAGCAGCUCAAACGAGGCCAAGAGGUUGCGAGUGCGCAUGCAAAUGCGAAUGCGGUGCAGCAGGGCGGUACGGAGCAAGACGGCCAGCAGUCAUCCAAACGUAUCAAGCUGGACACGGACAUGGGGAAUGCGCAGCAGCAGCAGCAGCAGCUCGGCGAAUCCAGUGCCAACGUCCACACCGACGCCAAGGCCAGCACGAGUGACAGCGUUGAUGGACCCGUUGCAGACGCAGACGGAGACGAUGAUGGGCGAGGCAGGGACUUGCGACCCAAUAGAAAUGUCGGGCAAAAUGUCAGCUUCGAUAGAGGUGGAGGCGAGAGCAGAGCAGUGGGUGAGGAUGGUGAAAGGGGUGCAAGAUUGCCGAAACGCAAAGUGGCCAUCUACUUUGGCUACUGCGGUAUCGGUUACUCUGGUCUGCAGAUCAAUCCGGGCGUCAAGACGAUCGAGGGAGACAUUUUCGAUGCCUUUUGCAAGGUGGGAGCAGUCUCCAAAGAGAACGCUGUCAAUCCCGUCAAGGUCGGCCUUCAACGAGCCGCUCGAACAGAUCGCGGCGUGCAUGCCGCUGGUAACCUCCUCACACUCAAGCUCAUCUUAGAGGCUCCCAACCUGCCGCAAGGCGGAGUGGUGGGUGCGGUGAACGAUCUGUUGCCGGAGUAUGUGCGCAUCUGGGGUCUCACGCGCGUGCAGAACAGUUUCAACGCCAGGACAUCCUGCGACUCGAGGAUGUACGAGUACCUCUUGCCCACGUACGUCUUUUUGCCGCCCAAACCAGGAAGCAGCAUGCACGAUCUGCUCAAGCACUGGCACGACAAGGGCGUCGAACAUGGUAAAGACGUCUCGCUGCUGGGCCAGCUGCUGCAGCAUCCCUUUUGGAGGAGCCAAGGGACGGAAAAGAGCUAUGCGGAGGAUGUGGUGCACAAGAAAAAGUGGAGGAUGGAUGGGGAGCAUGUGGAGCGCGUAAGGGAAGCCUUUCAAAAGUAUGCGGGAAGUCACAAUUUCCACAAUUACACUGUGGGAAAGUCUUUUAGAGAUCGCAGCGCGCAUCGCGUCAUGAAACAUCUCGAGAUUUCCGAUCCCAAAGAGAUCGAUGGGACGGAAUGGCUGUCGAUCAAGUUUCACGGACAGUCCUUUAUGCUUCACCAGAUUCGCAAGAUGAUUGGCCUGCUGGUGCUGGUGGGACGCACGGGAGCACCAGCAUCGCUGAUUCCAGAGACGUAUGGACCUGCGCGCAUCCACGUGCCCAAAGCGCCAGGAUUGGGCCUGCUACUAGAAGAGCCGCUCUUUGGCGGCUACAAUCUCAAGGUGGCCAAAGUUCAGCCGGGGGCAGAGGAGCGAUCGCCCGUCACUUACAAGGACUUUGCCGAGCGCAUGCAAGCGUUCAAGCAGACGUUCAUCUACGAUCGCAUCAUCAAGACGGAAGAAGAGACUUCGGAAUUCGCAAAGUGGCUCAAUUAUCUGGACGUCUUUCAAGGUCCGGAUUUCGACUAUCUCAAUCCGCGCGGAAACAUUCCGCAGAGCGCGAUUUUGAAAGUGGGCGAGCAGAGAAGAGCGGCGGGUGGACAGCCCAAGGGGGCUUUUAGGCCCGAAGCGGUCAAUACGGGCACGAGCGCUGCGCAAGAGGGCGCUCAGAUCGAGAUCGAUAGCGAAGAUGAAGAUGCACAGGCUCUUCGCGGAAAGAUGGACGAGUUUGAUGGGUGAGGCGGGGCGAGGGGGAAAAGGGAGCGCAGCCGUUGCGAUGGGGCGAAUACAUGCGAUGAAAGAGAAGCGAGCGAGC